AUGGGCGAGUCCUCGCAGCCUAAACCCGCCGACAUGACCGCCUCCGACUCUCUCCAUCUCGGCAGCACUCUCACAACCGCCACACCAGCGAUCGCUGCUCACGAGCCUGUCUCUGCGACUGCCCCAGAUCACCAGUCUGGCCCAGGCUAUGUCGCCGCCGAGUCCAAGCCCAUUUUGAUCACGGCCGGUGGCCAUGCUCACGCCACCAGCAAUGGCCAUACCGGCAGUCCUCGGUCGAUUGGAGGCGGACGCUUCUUUCGUGAUCCCCUCGGCAUGUCUGCGCACGACAACCGCUCACAGUCUCAGAGCCCGUUUCGCCUCGCCAUGCCCACAAUCUCCCCAGCCCAGCUCGCCUUUUCAGCCAUGCAAUACCUGCCCGUACCCGUCAUUGUACUCAACAACCUCAAGACCGUCGUCCUCGCCAACGAGGCCAUGGGUAGAAUGAUGGGUCUCAUAACCGACGACACCGCCGACGAGGAAACCUCGCUCACCAUCGAUCGACUUCGCGGUCAGACCCUCUCACAGGUCGGCAUUGACAUGCUACAGGACGGAAAACCUGUCUGGAUCACUUGGGAGACGUUUUUUGACACUUUGGUCCACGAAAUCGGCGUCCACCCGCCUGCCUCGGAGCAAAGUCCACCAUCCGCAACCGCUGGCGCUGGCGACACGACUCCCACCAUCAAUGGCCCUGUGAGCCCGAGCAAACAACGGCGUGGCACGCCCACCAAGCCCACCCAGGACGCCAUCAUCGAAGUCAUCAUUUCUAGAAAGGGCCUGAAUAAGACUACCUUUGACAGCCGCUACAAAUCCAAAGAGUCCGAGUUUCACGCCUUUGCCAAAAUGAUUGUUACUGUCUGGGAAGUCGAGGACAAGCAGCUCUAUUUCACCCUCACCUUUACUAGCACCCAGUCCACACCCUCGACCCCCGUCAACAGCAAAAAGAGCGUCGCCAAGUCCAGCGUUCUCGAAGCCGCCGAACGAAGAUCCAUCAACAACUCCAACCCUUCCUCCGUCGCCUCCAGCCGAGACUCGAGCUCCCCGGCGCUCAGCACACCCAGCGUCCUCACCAUGUCUUCCAGUCCCUUCCCGCCCAUGGGACCACCCUCCAUUGCCGCCCACUCACAAUCUAGCACACCAUCCGUCCUGCAAAAAAUCAUUCGCAUGAAGGAUGCGCUCCUCGAUAAUACCCAGAUGCCCAUUCUGGCCAUGUGGAAGGAUGGUAGUGUCGCAUUUCCCAACAAGGCAGCUCGAUCCCUGCUUCCACAUGAUGCCGAUCUCGAUUCAUUUUCCGAUGGCUUCGACUUGCUGGGAAACUGGGAAUUAUGGACAGAGGACUUUGCAAGGAAGCUAGCAGUCGACGAGCACCCCCUGUCGAUUCUACUCAAGACGUACACGCCAUUUGCGAGUGCACGUGUUGGUGUCUUUGACUCGUAUGGUAAGCGUAUCGUCUAUGAUCUUCUCGGCGAAGCCAUCACCGACGAGAAAUCGGGCGAAUUUAUGGCCGGCGUCGUCACUUUCCGAGAUGUUACGGUGAUGACGGAAGAAAUUUCCCUCAUCAAGGAGCGCGACGAGGAACGUUUCAAAAUAAUCUGCGACACCAUGCCCCAACUGGUAUGGACUGCUUCCGCCAACGGAUUGCACGACUUCUUCAACACUCGGUGGUACACAUAUACCGGCCUGUCACCUGAGCAGUGUCUCGGCUUGGGCUGGCAAAACUGCUUCCACCCUGAGGACAAAGUCGAGGCGCUAUCAAGAUGGCGAAUAUCUCUGGAGACGGGCAACCCCUUUGCCAUGGAAUAUCGCUGCCGCAAUAAAGAAGGCGAGUGGCGAUGGUUCCUGGGGCGUGCACUCGCUGUGCGAAACCCGGAGACUGGUGAAAUCGAAAAAUGGUUUGGCACCUGCACCGAUGUCCACGAGAGCAUAGAGACGAAGCUGGCAGCAAAACACACACGCCAGCAGCUGCUCAGUGUCAUUGCGCACUCCCGUGUCACAAUUUUUACCGUUGAUCCGAGUCGCCGCGUGACAAUGCUUGAGGGAGCUUUGAUCUGGGAUACCACGUACGAGGACACUGGAAAGGGCCGCUGGUUCAUUGGUGAGGACAUGUACACUGUAUUCAACAGGCUAACCGAGCAAAUGCCCGAGGGAGAACGGCCGGAUUGGCUCAAUUCUAUUGAAGAUAUACUUGAAGGCAAGCGCUCUGAAGAUAUCAAGGAGCACGGCCUUGAUGAUCGUUGGUAUCGCACGCGCUUUCUUCCCAUGCUCGGCAAGAAGCCGCAGAAUGGAAGGCUAGCUACUGUAGAAGGCGUCAUUGGCGUCGUCAUGGACGUUACCGAGCUAAAGGAUAGCGAGGAAGCCCUGCGUGUACAAUCGCGCGCAAAGCACAAGGCUAUUGCUAAUGAAGCCGCCGCAAACGAGGCGAACCGGCUCAAAAGCCAGUUCCUGGCAAACAUGUCCCACGAAAUCCGAACUCCCAUUACUGGUGUCCUCGGCAUGGCUGAGCUUCUGAGCGACAUGAGUCUAGACGAGGAGCAGCGCGACUAUGUCGACAAUAUUCAGAGCUCUGCGACGUCUCUACUUACCGUCAUCAACGACAUUCUCGACUUUUCCAAGGUUGAAUCUGGCCGACUCGACAUUGAAGAGGUCCAAUUCUCGCUCUCCAUCAUCCUCAAAGAAGUGGUGCGCAUGCUCAAGUUUGCAGUCGAACGCAAGAACCUCGAUUUUCAGUCCAACAUUAGCGACGACAUCGAAAACGACUUGGCCGUAAUCGGAGAUCCUGGACGCGUGCGCCAGAUUAUCACCAACCUACUCACAAAUAGUAUCAAGUUUACACACCAGGGCCACGUCCGUUUCUCAGUGCUGAAAGAGAAGGAAACAGCGGACUCGAUCAUUGUCAAGUUUACAAUUGAAGAUACCGGCAUUGGUAUUCAGGAUGAUGUUCGCCGAAAACUCUUUCAACCUUUCAGCCAGGGAGAUGCCUCGACUGCCCGCAGAUUUGGUGGAACCGGUCUCGGCCUUACCAUCUGUAAGAAUCUUCUCGACUUGAUGCGUGGCGAGAUUACGCUCGAGUCCACCGUGGGAAGUGGUACAACGGCAACUUUCUGGAUUCCCUUUCAUAAACCGCAGCGGCGCAAGGCACAGAAUGUUGAUGCGGGUGCUAUUCCUGAUCGCUUGCAGUCGGACCUGAGUCUGUCCUGUAAUAGUUCAGAGUAUGAAAAUGCCAUGACUGUUGCACCGUCGGGCUCUGAUGGCUCCUCCGGACUUUCUGGGCUCCGUCGCCGCUACUCUGUGCGAUCAUCCCAGAGUAUCGAGCAAGAUCUGCCCCGAUCCGAGCGAGCUGCCUUCCACAUACUCGUCGUCGAGGACAAUGCGGUGAACCAAAAGAUUGCGACACGGACAAUUCGAAAACUCGGCUUCCAAGUGACGGCGGCAUGGAACGGCAGAGAGGCUUUGGAGUAUGUAAUUGGAGCCAGCGAGGGCCGGAACGCCAAGCCCGACAUCAUUCUCAUGGAUGUUCAGAUGCCCAUCAUUGAUGGCUACAAGUGCACACAUCUAAUGCGUCAUCAUCGCCCCUAUAAAGGCCUCAUUCAUGAUGUUCCCAUCGUUGCUAUGACGGCCUCUGCCAUCCAAGGCGACCGGGAGAAGUGCAAGAAAGCUGGCAUGGAUGACUAUCUAGCUAAGCCCGUGACGAUGGCAAUUCUCGAGCGCAUGCUGAUUCGCUGGUGUGUAUCACGCCGCAAGUCGAGUCCUGUCACCGACCGCGCGGUGUCUGACUGCUCAGAACUGAGCGAACACUGUGAUGCCUCCAACAUUCCCCUUAUUGCCGUCCAAGAUCGUGGUGCUAUUUCAAACGAUAGCCUCGCUUCGGGCAACGAAACGCAGGACGACUCUACAGGCGGACCAAUCACGCCGACACCGGCCACUGCGAAUGGUCGAGACGAGCUGUCGCCCUUUGACUCCCCCUCGGUAGUCAAUAUGCCGCCACGUGUUCCGCGUCCUGAGAGAGACAAGGAGUUUUCUAGCAUGCUGCAAGAGACGAAGCUCAUUGACGCUGCAGGGGGUCCGGCAACUAAUCUGCGCAGCAACAGUUAUCAGGAGAAAGGCCCUGGAGAAGCGCUGACGGAAGCCAACAUGACCAAGCUCGAUAUUGAGAACAAGCAACCGCAUACCUAA